AUGUGCGAAGUAAGAAAAGGACCGCUAAGUUAUAGCACAUGCAUUAAAGAAGCAUUAGUAAAGCAUUUUGGCAAUGAAAUAAUUGCGUUGGGUGGAGUAAUACUCAUCGAAAAUGGAAAAGUGAAGGUUCACGUCGUUAAACCGAGCUUAGCGAAAAUAUCAUUAAAAUCAGAAAAAGAGUUGGGCAAUUGGAUAAAUUUCAUUGAAUUAUCUCCACCGUCGGUGGGUCUCGGAUGUAUAGUCUCUCAUGAUCCCGGAUUGAAUUUAAGAUUUCAACAUUUUCACCUGUACAGUGAUCGAAAUCAAGGAGGACACUAUCACAAUGAUACGGAACCGGAAACCAUAAAAUAUACUGGUUAUUUUAGUGUUUCCAAGCAGUUAACUAAAAUUGAUCAAAGUCAAACGUUAUGCUACAAUUUAUUUUAA